ACAAAAACAAAAUUCGACUUUAAAUUAGUGUAAGUUUAUUUUCAUGUAAUUUUUGACCGGAAGUACCCAUACACAUUGUGUAUUUGCUGUAUUUGUACUGCCACUAACCACAUAAACAGCCCGAUAACUACAAAUGUGCGUAAAUCCAUAUUGCUCUUUUGAGUCCCUUGUGUUUGAAUUGUGAAAGAUGCUGCCCACCAUCAUAAGCCGACAAAUGCAUCGCCCGCUCAUCGCCAGUGGUCCAACAACGCUGAAACAUGUGCUCGGUGUCGGCGGCAGCAGUAUUGUCAACUGCCUAAAUCGCUAUGCUGCCGCAACCGGCUUCAUCCGCAUCUCCUUUCUAGACAUCAAUCAGCGUCGUAAUUGGGAUGUAGCACGACUGCGCCUCUAUGCCGAUGCCAAGAAGCAGUCGCUGCAGUUGCGCACAUUGCAGGGACGCGAUCGCUUGCAGGGCGUCAUCGACAAGCAGCGUGCGGAGUUCAUUGAGCGCAAGAAUAUCCUAGUCGAUGAUAUUCGCGAGGCCAGGCACAAGGUGCAGGAGCGUGUGCGUGAGAAGAUUGUCGAGAUACGCGAGGAGCGUGAGAAUAUCAUGACCAUACCGAAUAUGCUGACCAUCAGUCGCGCCCUACUCUCGCCAUACAUUGGCUAUGUCAUUGUGCAGGGUGACUUUACCCUGGGCAUGAGUUUGCUCGUCGUCGCUGGCAUUACAGAUCUGCUGGAUGGUCAGAUUGCGCGACGCUGGCCAUCGCAGGCUAGCAAGGCUGGUUCCUUCCUGGAUCCCAUGGCUGAUAAACUGCUGAUGGGGUCCUUGGUCAUUUCGUUGUGCUACAGCGAACUGUUGCCCGUUUGGCUGGCGAGUGUUGUUGUCUUCCGAGAUGUGUUCCUAAUUGGCGCUGGUUUUGUCAUACGCUACAUUAGUUUGCCACACCCCAAAACGUUUUCACGUUAUUUCGAUGCCACCCAUGUUACUGCCCAAUUGGAGCCGACGUUUAUCAGCAAGGUGAAUACUGGAGUUCAACUGGCCACCAUUGGCAUUAGCCUGGGCGCACCCAUAUGGAACUAUAUUGAUCACCCGGCGCUACAUGGACUUUGGUAUUUAACGGGCGUUACAACUGUCGCUGCAGCUCUCAGCUAUGUCAUCAAUAGACGCAAUACUUUUAAGAUAAUUAAGAGAAAGUCGUAGAACUGAGCAUUUUUUCAUUUGCUAUUACCAUAAAUAAUAGUAAUGGAGCACCAACUGCAAUGAUUAAUAUAUAAAAUUCUUUUGUAAACAGUUAGCUAUUAAUAAAAAUUCUGUAUUUUGUUAUUGAUGUUGAUGUCAUGAUUUCAAAA